AUGCAAGCAUUAGGACUUUCUGGUCAACACGGUCAAACUGCUGUUGCUGGUGGCGGAGGACAAGCACAAGGCGGUAGUAUGCCCUUGGGUAUGGGUGGCCUGCCAGUCAAUCAAGCACUGGUGGCAGCUGCAUUGAACCAAGCUGGAUGGGGGCUCAUAAAUAAUAUUCCUUCUGGGGGUUCAGAGCAAGGUGCUUUUGCAGGUCCAGCAUCUUCUGCUCCACCAGCACCCCCAAAUUUUCUGUCAUGGAUGCAACAAGAAUGCCGCACUUACCCUGGACCCGUCACCGGCAUUAAGCACCGCCCUGUCAGCAUGUCUCACCCUGUCACGAACACACUUUUGACUUCAUAUGACGCUACACUUAACAUGUAUGAUGAUGAAACACAAACUCAAGAAAGAGCUUUUCAUUCUAGUGGAAAAAGAAAUGUGAUAGAUGGCCACAAGUCAAGAAUUUUCGCAUGCACAUUCAAUCCUAGAUCAAAUCACGAGUUAGUUUCCGGGGGUUGGGACGACGCAGUAAUUUGCUGGGAUGCAAGACAACCUUUCGCAACGCGUUAUUUUUUGGGUGUCCACUUAUGUGGUGAAGGGCUAGAUUUUGAUAAACCAGGCAAACAGAUAUUAACAUGUUCCUGGCAAGAUAAUGAUAAUAUUCAAAUAUGGGAUUACGGAUCAUGCAAAUUAAUUGAAACUAUAGUACCAGAUAACCACCAGUCCAAGUUAUAUUGUGGAAAGUUCGUUCCAAAAACAAACCUAAUUGUAUGCGGUGGUUCCGACGGUAAUAUACUGCGCGUUGUCGAUGUCAAAUUAAAGUUGACGGAAUGUUCCAUCAAAUACAAUCCUGGUGCCAUCUACGCAUUUGAUUAUGGCACGGUGCGAAGGAAGCCGAAAAAUGUCUCUGAAACAUAUAAAAGAGUAAACGAAUUGCAGAGUGUUCCGCGUGUGGCAUUUGUAAGCGGAAAAAAACUUCAGAUUGUUGAUUUUGGC